AUGGUUAUCCAGGACUCAUCGAAGAGUAGUUCAGAAACUAUUCUCUCAAAAAAUGAUCAGGAUACGCAUUUAUCAGCUCCAAAAGAACGACUCUCUGAGUCAUGUGAUUCAAAAACCGUGACAAAAUGUUUAAUUCAAGAACUAACCUCUAAUUUUCCUGAAAUUGAUACAAAUAACGGUGAAAUAGAAAUUAGUAAAUCUUGUAUACAGGAUAUGUAUUGA